CAAAAACCCUAAACCCCACAAAUUCUCAAUUGUCAAUUUGCAAGCAAAGUCCUCAGACAGAGACGGAGAGAGAGAUGGAUUACGCAGCAGGAGCUGAAGAGAGAAUGGUUUCGGAGAGAGUGCAACAAAGACUUCACCAGGUCAAUAUAGCCGCUAAAGAACAUCUUUCUCCUAUUCAAGACCAUGUCAAUUUCACCCUUCAGCAAGCAUACUUCAAAUGUGCACAUGAGUGCUUUGAUAGGAGAAGAAGCCAAGAUGAGAUAAGCAAUUGUGUAGAAAAUUGCAGUGUUCCAGUUGUUAGAUCUCAACAGAUGGUUGAGAAUGAGAUGGCCAAGUUUCAAGAAAAAUUGAAUAGAUCGCUGAUGGUUUGCCAAGACAAGUAUGAGACAGCUAAGCAACAGAACAAACCCGGUGCACUAAAUGAUUUGGAGUCCUGUGUGGAUCAAUCAACCCAGGACGGCAUCAAGAUGCUGCCACAUCUUUGUCAAAGGUUGAAGGCUGCCUUUUCAAUUAGUAAUUAAAUGAAAGAGUAACCUUAUUUUAAUCACAUUCAAAUCCUUGGAAACUGAAAAAGAUAAUGGUGAAAGAUAUUGAACUCUGUUUUGCAAUUCCUUUUUAGGCCUCAAGAUCAGUCACUAGUUUCAUAUUAUUUAAAUUGCAGUCAACAAUUGAUGUUUUAAAAUACUCAGGAAUUUUAAGUGUCAGUGUCAUAUUUUUGGUGACACUGAAUCAUAAAGAUGUAUGAGUGAAUAAUAUACAAAUUUAGCUCAAAACAGAUUUAUAUGGAUGGCUGGAAAUUCUUCA